GAGCGGAAAUCGGAAGGUCGUGCAGAAAGCGGAGUGACCCUACUAAGAAGAAGGAGGACUCAACAGGGCCGCGUGUUUCUGUCUGACCGAAACGGUGGCGGAGGAGUAGGUUCUGGUGCUGAACUGGUGUUGGUCUGAACCAGCAUGUUUACGUGUAAAGCAGUGUGGAAUAAGCUGGCUCCGCUGGCCCGGGCCUCCUCAACUCUGUGCCGGCAGGGCGGGAAGAGAGCAGCAGUGCUCAGACAUGAGAGGAGGCCACCACUUGUCCAGCAAGCCCAUAUGUCCUCAGGGCCAACAGGAGGAGGCGGAGAAAACACGAUUUACUUAGUUCUGGUUGGAGCUGCAUGUUUAGGAGGCGGAGUCUAUGUGUAUCGCACCAUAUCAGGAGAUAAGGCGAGGUACGAGGAGCGAAUCACGCAGAUCGCCAGCAGACCCAGCAAAACAGAGGCACAGCCAGAUGCUCCUGCAAAAACACAGCCAGAGACAGCAGCAGAAGCAGCGCCGGAAUCCACAAAAGAACCCAUUUCCGAAGCUGUCUUGGAACCUCCAGAAGCCGAACCUGUCCAAGAGGCUCCUGAUCUAGAUCCCGUCCCUGAAACUAUCACAGAAGCUUCUGCUCCAGAACCUGUCCCAGAACCCCCUGUUUCUGAGCCAUGCAUAACAGAACCUGUUGUGGAAGACGUAACGGCCGCACCUGAAACAGCUCUGGAAGGAGCUGCACCUGAAGUGGUCCCGGAAGCACACAUACCUGAAGCAGCUCCUGGAGCAAUGGUGCCUGAAGUGGUCCUGGAAUCGCCCGAGCCCGAAGUGGUCCCAGAAGCGCCUGAGCCCGAAAUGGUUUUGGAAGCGCCUGAGCCCGAAGUGGCCCCGGAAGCGCCUGAGCCCGAAGUGGCCCCGAAAGCGCCUGAGCCCGAAGUGGUCCCAGAAACCCCUGUAACGGAACCUCUUGUUGCAGAAGCUCCUGUAACUGAAGCACUUGUAGCUGAAGCAGUAUCUGCUGAACCUCCUCCUGCAGCCGUGGUAGAAAGCGUGCCUGAGACUCCACCUGUAACCGACAGUGCUUCUGAACCUGCCCCUGCUUCCACGGCUGCACCCGUAGAACCCACGCCUGCCGUCUCUGAGGUCCCUGCACACGCCCCAUACCUCCUGAUUGGUGGAGGCACAGCAUCUUUUGCAGCUGCUAGAUCCAUUCGUGCCCGUGACCCGGGUGCCAGGGUGUUGAUAGUGACCGAUGAAGCAGACCUGCCGUACAUGAGGCCUCCUCUCUCUAAAGAGCUUUGGUUCUCUGAUGAUCCCGCCGUCACAGAAACGCUGCGCUUCAAACAGUGGAAUGGCAAGGAGAGGAGUAUUUAUUUCCAGCCUUCCUCGUUCUAUGUGAGUCCCAUGGAGCUGGAGUCAGUGGAGAAUGGAGGCGUGGCUGUGCUGACCGGCAAGAAGGUGGUGCAUAUGGAUGUCAGGGGUAAUAAGGUUAAGCUGAGUGACGGUGCAGAGAUCUCCUACGACAAGUGCCUCAUCGCCACAGGUGGCAUCCCGAGGAAUCUUCAGGUCAUUGAGAGAGCCAGUGAGGACGUUACGAAGAGAACAACGCUGUUCAGAAAGAUUGAGGAUUUCAAGGCGCUGGAGAAAGUAUCACGCGAGCUGAAGUCCAUCACCAUCAUCGGGGGAGGCUUUCUGGGCAGUGAACUGGCCUGCGCCUUGGGCAGAAGAUCUGCUGAUCUGGGCCUGGAGGUGGUCCAGAUGUUUCCAGAGAAAGGGAACAUGGGAAAGGUUCUACCUGAAUACCUGAGCAACUGGACCACAGAGAAAGUCAAGAAAGAGGGCGUGGAGGUGCUGACGGAGGCUGUGGUGAAGAACGUCAGCUAUAAGGACGGAAAACUGGAGAUUAAGCUGAAGGACGGCCGAAUGGUGAAGACGGACCACAUCGUGGCAGCAGUGGGUUUGGAGCCCAGUGUUGAGCUGGCCAAAUCGGCCGGGCUGGAGAUCGACUCUGAUUUCGGGGGAUUUCGGGUCAACGCUGAGCUGCAGGCACGCUCCAACAUCUGGGUGGCAGGAGAUGCAGCUUGUUUCUAUGACAUCAAGCUGGGCCGGAGGAGGGUGGAGCAUCACGAUCAUGCAGUAGUCAGCGGCAGACUGGCCGGCGAAAACAUGACCGGGGCCAGCAAACCCUACUGGCACCAGUCCAUGUUCUGGAGUGAUCUUGGUCCUGAUGUGGGAUAUGAGGCUAUUGGAAUAGUUGACAGUAGUCUGCCAACUGUAGGAGUGUUCGCCAAAGCUACUGCCAAGGACACACCCAAAGCAGCGACCGAGCAAUCAGGUACGGGUAUCCGGUCGGAGAGUGAGACAGAGGCGGUUGCCGGGCCAAUUGCUGUGGGAACGGCGGUCCCUGCCCCUCCCCCACCGCCGAAGGAGGAUUACGGGAAGGGAGUGAUUUUCUACCUGAGGGAUAAAGUGGUGGUGGGCAUCGUGUUGUGGAACGUCUUCAACAGAAUGCCCAUCGCCAGGAAGAUCAUUAAAGAUGGAGAGGAGCACGCUGAUCUGAACGAGGUGGCUAAGCUGUUCAACAUCCAUGAAGACUAAAACUCAAACGCUGGCUGGUUCCAACCUGCCGUCCCUCCACAUUGGCCUUGAACUCUCUCAGAGCUGCUGUUCUGCUUCCAGGCCUGAUGGUGGCACUGCAGCCACAGUGUGGACUCGGUCAAUUCAGUACUGUUCACUGUCUGCUAAAGGGGAAAAACCUCUACCUGUCGUUUGUAUGGAAGCGUUCUAUACAUGUUUUCUACCGAGGUCAGUAAAUGUACAUUUAAAUGAGAACCGUGAAUGAUUAGAACUUCCCUAGAGCCACACCCACAACCCACACCCCUCUCUGUGUGUAGUAAUGAAGUGUUACAGCCUCAAUCAGGAGCUGCUUAAUCAGCCACCACAGGACUAUCUCACGGUUUACCUACAUUUCUGUGUCUGAAUGUGCUGUAUGAAAGCUUCCGUUGUUGUGCUCUGAGCUGUAAUAGCAGUUUGAUUGGGGCUUUAAAAGGAUAAAAGCUGCACAGAUUCCCUCCUCGUCCCUCUGGAGCCCAGAUUGUCCCUCUGUUUGCAAGAUUGAAAUAGCUGAGAAAAAAAAAAAGAUUGAAUAAAUAAAUUAUUUUUAAACAUG